UUCUCUAAAGCGCUGGCUGAUGGCCCCGGUUACCUGAAGUUACUAAUUGUUUGGGGAUGACGCAAAUGACUGGGUCCAAUUUCAGCCCUGCUGCUGGCUCCCGGGCAGGAAUGACCUGCUCGACUAUUACUGCUCUCCAUAUCCUGGUGAAAGGCAGGCCUCUCAAUUCCCCAGGUGUUGAGCUCCUGUCAUAGGUUCCUGGCCUAACUCUCCCGUAGCAUCAAUCAUUCAAGAUUGCUUCACCAGGACUUGUGAACUGCCGUCACUGAACUGGAGUUGUCCUCUGUACUACUGGUGACACCUGGGGAAAACUGCUUCAAUAUCAGCUCAGUAUCACAUCACUUCCUACGUUUUCAUAAAUGUUUCCACGUCUGAUUUGGUCAUUUGUAGUAGAUGCCAUCUCAUGUCAUUUGUGCAAUGGCCAAAGCAUAAGGCUGGCAGCACCUUGGAAGAUGCCGAGGCAAUUUCUGGCAAAGGAACGCUGUUGAGGAUCAUCCUAUCUGCUGGGCUCAAUUUCAACAGGCUUUUCCCUGAUGUGAAUGCCUCUGGAAAUCCUGCCUACCACCAUGUUCCAGCUACCAAAGCAUCACCAGGGCUCAGAGUGCUCUCACCAGUUGUGGUCUCACUGUGGAAACACGUGGGAAGGAGUGAGAGAAUGCAGCAUGAACUCCUGUCUCGUGAUAUGUAAUGGCUGGAGCACUUGCUGCUGCCCCUGGCACCUCCUUGGCAUCUACCUGGACAGCUGAGAGAAGAGGAUUGGUUCAGCUACAGCCACAUCUCUUUGGAGAGGGAAAGCCAGGCUGGGAAAUGGGGAGUGAAAGGAGAGUGGGGCUGGCAGAGGCAGCUGUGCCUCUGGAGCCCAGGAGCUCAUGGCACCACUCCCAGCAGCCCGAUUGCCUCCAGUGCCCAGCCUUGCCAGCCUUGAAAUCCCUUUGUGUCCCUGCUCCGCAAUUAGUGCUCAGCACUGACCCUGCUGUGGGUCCUGCUCUCCUUUCACAACAGCUGCUAUUGUGAAGGGACAAGCUGAGAGAGAGGCUUGGGUUUGUGGAUCAGUGAGAGGAUGCCAUAACAACCACUGUGUCUUUUCCCUACUGAGCAGCAAUGAUUAACUUGAUUAGCAGGUGAGGGACUUUUUUCUGAAUAGAGACAGGGAAGUAUUGGUACAUUUAUACUGCCAUUCUUCAGUGAAUUAUUUUUAUAGCUUUGGUUACCUAUGGUCCAGAAGGAUAAACGAAUUACUGUGGGAAGAAUGUCAUAUCUUCCUUUGCAAGAACCAUGCUGGCUUCUGAAACUGGAGCAUUAAUGAUGUCUCCCUAUAAAUAUGUUUUUGGGAACAGGGAGAUAGGGGAAAAUCACAGAGGGAAACGAAGCAUUUGAGUUAAGUGACACUACUGGCUCCAACCCAACUGGCUAGAAAUUGGUCACUAGGGAGUUCAGGCUUGAAAUUAGUAAAACCAUUCAAAGGUGAAAGUUCUGGAUCAGUUUCUCAAGCAGUGUAAUGGGGGCAAGGACCUAGAUAAUUUUUAAAAUUAAAUGCACCAAUUUAUUGAAGUGAUUGGGCAGUAGAGGAAGAAAAUUUUUUAAUAAUUAACAAGACAUCUUCCAGCUAACCCUGAAAUAUCAUGUCCAAAGGGAUUGGAAAGGAGAUUAGGUCAUCAUUCACAUUUCCCUUAUUACUAAUCCCAUGCUUGGGUGCAACAGGGAGGUAGAAGCCACAGAGGAAGCCCUUUCUUCUCCCCAGGAGAGAUGGAUAGAUAGUGGCAGGAUGUAUGAUGAAGUAAGAAACUGUCCAGUGCUCUGGUGGAGGGAUGGUGCACCCCGUUUGUGUCCUCAGGUUUAACCUCUGGAUUUAGAGCUGAACAGGAAUUUUCCUACAAGCCUUGUGAGCUGUGCUUCCUUCCUGCCCUCAGCCCAUGGGGUGAGACAUGGUCCAGUUCCAAGGUCAGUGUGGGAGCCUCCUUUUACCAUCAGCAGAGAGAAACAUGCAUUUUGGGGGAGGGGUAACUCAUCUGACCUAUAUUACACAUUUACUUUGGGCUGAGACAAAGACUGCUCCAAAAAUGCAUAUCCCUUCUUGCUGCCCACACUGGGAAUUGAGAUGGGUAGUUGUAUGGCAGAGGAAUCCUUUUGUCCUGAGGACAGGGUAUGGCAAGGAGAAAAAAGGAGGUUUUUUUUUCUCAGAACAGCUGCUCUGAUGAGUUCCCAGGCAAACCAGCAUUUGUUUAAGAUGGGAGGAAUUAAGUUCUUCGAAUCUUCGGUUGCCUUGGCUAUUCAAAACUUUCAUCAGCUCUCACCUCAUCAGUCCCUCUCUUUGAUGGAUGUCAGGGAGAGUUUUACCACCAAGCUUUGUGGAAGGAGAGCUGAGCUAACAUGAAAGUAGUUUGUUGUGUGUGUGUCUGCAUGUGGUUAGCACAGCAAAACAAGACUCCGAGGCCUGCAGCUUUUCUGAGAUACGCUCAUUUACAUCAAGAUGUGCUACCCAAUUACUGCAGAGUCCUUUCAUGGCACUUUCCUUUUGAGAUUGUGGUGGAUCUUACACAUGUGAGCCUUUAGGUGUGUGUACGUGAUGUGCAUGUGUAAGCCUUUACUGUGGUGUGGGAAGAGGAAAUGUAUUGUUUGCCCAUUUGAAGAGAAGAAGAGAAGAGUCCUGGGGGUUUUUCCUCUUAGGAAGUAAUCAUGCUUUGUAAGCAUAUUUCUCGUAAGUAGGUAUGCUUGAAAUGUUUAUACUUCACAUUCAAAAAGUAAACUACUCUGAAUAUAAUAUCAGUUGUACAACACCUGCAUGACUGCAUUAUCAUUUGAACUGACGUGGAAACUAUUUUUAAAAUCAUCUUUGCUUUCUGGUGCAAUAACUUUCUUUCUGAGUUACCUGAGAGAUAGAAGGCUGUUCUCACGUUGGGGAGGUUGACAGUAACUGAAGUGGAAACAAGGAGAUUAUUUAUAUCUCAAUUACAGUACUGAGACAGAAUUAUGAGUGAAAGCAAUCUGGAAGCCUCCAGAGGAUAUUUCAUUGCCUCUUAGUCUCCUUUCUCUUCUGGAACAGCAGUAAAACUGUAUUGUGAGGAAGCUGGCAGGAUGUGGCCUCAACCAUUAGAUUAGAUGUGAAUUUGUGAAUCAGAGGCACAGACUGGAAUUUUGCUCACUUCUGUUUGGAGACAAGGAUGUAAAUGUCGAAUAAACUCCUGAGUGACUCUGUAUGGAGCUGUAUGGUCAGUUGUGGGUGACUGUGCUUCUAUCCAGCUGUCAUCUACCAGAAAGCAUUUCCUUAUUUUAGUAUGUUUCUUCUGUUCUGGGCAAUACAGCCUGCUGAGGUAGGAAAGGAAUAACCUGCCUUUAUAAUCUAUCUACAUCUGUGAAUGAACUCCAUUCUGAAGCUGUUGAGGUGCCAGUCAUUUCCCCAGAGAAAUUACUCUCCUGGCUUUGCUAGUUGACAGCUCCAUCCACAGUGUCUGCAUGCAUUUGAACGGGAUCUUGGGGGGUCAGCCUGGUGAAGGGUGGGUGGAAGGGGAGAAAAACAAAGUUUUCAUGCCAGUUCAACUGGUACAUUAAAAGAAAUGCACAGCCUUGAUUUAUAGCUAUAGUCAUCACUGGAAACAACUGUUGCUAGCAGAAAAAUUACAUUCAGCCCCUACAAUUUGAAGUCAGAACCAGAUCCAUUUUUUCACCUGAGUUUUGGGUGGAAAUAAGGUGGGAAACCAUGACAGUCUCCAAGAAGCAGCUCUUUGGAUGAGCAUGGCUGAGCCAUCCCAUCUGGAGCCCUCCUACCUGGAGCACACAUCAACAACUCUCAAACUGUGUAGUUCUCACCUGUCAGGUAGCUGUGGUCUCCUGUGGGAGUUUCACUUUCAGCUACCCUGGGUGGCAGUGGCAGUGGCACCUUUCCCAGGCCUGGUCCCUGGGAUAUUUUCCCCUGGGAUUGAGGGAGGACUGAGCACCUGUUCAGCUCUCUGUCAGAAAGGAGGGAAGCCAGCCUUAAAACAGAGUGUCUGUAGAGUUAUGAAGCCUGAAGAAACAAAUCCUGAAUGCCUGCUGAAGUUGGAUAUUGCUGCUCUUCUGAAGCAUGACUUUGCCUGGUGCCCUUCUAGACCCAUGUGGAGGUUCUUCUGCCUGGGGUGAAUUUGUCAUGUCAGCUUGCCUUCAAAAACCCCCUUCCUCGUUCUUGAAUUAGGAUUCAGGAUGAGAAAACAUGUCUCUUUCCUCCAGAGAGAUCUUUUCUAAGAAAUUAUUCUCUUUGUUAUCUCAGUCUGUCUGGUCUUUCUCAUAGUUGGCUUGGCCUGUGCUCCACCACUUUCAUUCUGACAAUAAAAUGCAGCUAUCAGGUUUAAGUUGCUUUAUGCCUGUACUGGAGUUUUACACUCUGAUCUGGAAGUAAAAUUGCAAAGCAAACAUUGCAGAGAAGGUUACAAUAACACUCUGGGUAUUUCAGUUUGACACAGGCCUAUUUCUGCUGCUCAUCACAAGAUCAUCUAAUCUCCCAACGUCCACCUAUAAUCACAUCAAAUGGAUUUCACUGUUUUGAUUGCUUUUGAAACAACACAGCUGUUGUGUAACAAUCUGGGUGUGUGUGAACUGGCACUUCUUGAGCACUUGAAGCAGGGAGCAGAAGAAGAGAAGGCAUCAGCACCUGGCUUGGUGAAGCCUUCUGUGGUGUAACCAGCAGAGCUGCAUGUGGGGAGCGACGAGGUACACUGUGAGUGCUGGAAAACUCAGUGAAAUGAUGUUUAGCAAAGUAUUGUCACUGCCACUUCACCACGCAUUAGCUCCUGUCCUGCUGGUUCAGGAGGGCAUAAAAGCCAAAGGUCUGCUCCCAGCUGGGGUACUUUUGGGCUGCCAGCCACCCCAUGUGGUGGGGGUGGGUGCAGGUUUGGUCUGUGUGUGGGCUGCUCCAGGAGGUGGGACUGCAGCGUGCCCUCCCCUGCAAGCCCUGCACUUACAGGCUGCAUCUGCCCCCAGCCAGCCUUUUACAGUCAGCCUGCCUGCCUGAGUGCCCACAGUGACCUGGGGCCACUGCCCAGAGAAGGGCCAAGGAGAGAGCAACCACCCCCUGCUGCCCUCAGAGGGACCUUGGCGCUAAUGUGGCAGGGCUGGUCUGGUCAGGUUGUGACCUGCUGGCUCUCCAUUUCAGCUGAUUCCAACUCCUGUAAAACAUGCAGCCUUCUUUUUUGCUUCCCACUGCUAACAGGUGAAACAAGUUUCUAUUCAUAACUGUUUUCAUGGACUUCCCAAGGAUUUUCUACUUUUGUGGCAAACACAGACUGACAGUGAGUACUAAAGUUAUCCUUUUUUGCUGUGGCUUCUCAUCUUUUUAGGUAGAGACAUAGUGCAAUGCAACUUUUGGACUAAAGUACAUGCAGGGCAAGGUAUUAAUCAGUCCAGCCUGUUGUCUCUAUAAUCUAUCUACAUCUGUGAAUGAACUCCAUUCUGAAGCUGUUGAGGUGCCAGUCAUUUCCCCAGAGGAAUUACUCUCCUGGCUUUGCUAGCUGACAGCUCCAUCCACAGUGUCUGCAUGCAUUUGAACUGGAUCUUGGGGGGUAAGCCUGGUGAAGGGUGGGUGGAAGGGGAGAAAAGGAAAAGAGAAUAUCUGACAGAAUGUUUUGGGUUGGAAAAGACCCUAAAGAUCGUCUAAUUCCAAUCCCCCUGCCAUGGGCAGGGACACCUUCCACUAGAGCAAGUUGCUCAAAGCCCCAUCCAGUCUGGCCUGGAACAGUUCCAGGAAUGAGGUACCCACAGUCCCUCUGGGCAAUCAGUUCUAGUGCCUCACUACCUACACUGAAGAGAAUUUCUUCUUGAUAUCUCAUCUAAAUCCACCCUCUUUUAGUUUACAGCCAUUCCCUCUUGUCCUACCAUUAUUACAUGCCUCUGUAAAUGUCCCCUUCCAUCUCUCUUCUAGGCCCCCUCAGGCACAGAAAGACUGCAUUAAGGUCGCUCUGGAGCCUUCUCUUCUUCAGGCUGAACAACCCCAAAUUUCUCAGUCUUUCAAUCCCAAUUCCCAACCUUUACGUUCCAGGUCCAGAUAAUGAAAAGCUACUGAUGGCAACAACUCUGUGUAUUGACAAGAAAGAGAAAUGUGUUUAGGAGCCUAGAAGAUUACAUAAAAAGACAGCCUUAGAAGAGUGAUGGGAGUGAUUUGCCUUGGUUCUUUAAGUCUGUGGCAGGAGGCAUCAGGGAGAAGUAUAUAACUGCAUGUUCUGCAAUGGCACAAAGCUGAGAGAAAAGCUGCAAGGGCUCAGAGUAUUUUCUGAAAAAGUUCUGCAGGGCAGAGGAGUUGAACAGUUGAUCACAUGCAGGAGCACGGGAUAGAUGGAGUACAGCUGACUCAACAACUACAGGGGAUUUGGGCUUUGCAAUGGAACAGGUAUGGUUGCUGCUCCUGCUGACGAUUGAAGUGCUUCCAGUGACUGCUCAGUUCAAUGGAUACAACUGUGAUGCUAACCUCCAUAGCAGGUUUCCUGCUGAGCGAGAUAUCAAUGUUUUCUGUGGAGUACAGACAAUUACUAUGAAGAUAAAUUUUUGCACAGUUCUUUUUUCUGGUUAUUCUGAGACAGAUCUGGCGCUGAAUGGGAAACAUGGGGAUGCUCACUGCAGGGGCUUCAUCAAUAACAACACCUUUCCUGCAGUGGUCAUUUUCAUCAUCAAUCUGAGUACUUUGGAAUCUUGUGGAAACACUUUAGUGGUAUCCUCAGCUCGAGGUAUCAAUGCCUAUGGAAAUACCUCAGUGGUACAGAUAGGUAAUGUUUCAGGCUAUAUUGAUACACCAGACCCACCAACGAUUAUCAGCUAUUUGCCUGGGCUCCUGUACAAAUUUAGCUGUAGCUACCCACUGGAGUACUUGGUUAACAAUACCCAGCUGGCUUCGUCAUCAGCUGCUAUUUCUGUAAGAGAGAACAAUGGUACAUUUAUCAGCACUUUGAAUUUGUUGCUUUACAAUGAUUCAACCUACAGCCAGCAACUCCUUAUUCCAAGCACAGGUUUACCUUUGAAAACCAAAAUAUAUGCAGCUGUAAGAGCAACCAACCUUGAUGGCAGGUGGAAUGUUUUGAUGGACUACUGUUACACCACACCAUCUGGCAAUCCUAGUGAUGAUCUUCGAUAUGAUCUUUUCUUCAGCUGUGACAAGGACCCGCAGACAACCAUAAUUGAGAACGGCAAGAGUCAAAUGGGCCGGUUUUCCUUUGAGGUGUUUCGCUUUGUGAAGCACAAGAACCAGAAGAUGUCCACGGUCUUCCUUCACUGUGUGACGAAGCUGUGCAGAGCAGAUGACUGUCCUUUUCUUGUGCCAAUCUGCAGUAACAGAGAAAGAAGAGACACUGGUGGAAGGACAACCUGGCGCCCUCAGAGCACAUCUGGCAAUGCUGUAAUCUCUGCUGGCCCCAUCAUUACCAGGAGUGAUGAGACGCCAACCAACAAUUCACAGCUUGCUCAUCCAAACGGACCUCCUUUCCAGAUGAACACGGUCACCAGUGUGCUGAUUUCAGGCAUUGUCGUACUAGGAAUUUCAAGCAUUUUCUUUUUUGUAUGUUCUCUAACCCUUCUGCACAGAAACUGGCCCAACAGUUUGGUCCUGAGUGGCAUCCGAAACCCAGUUUUCAACUGAAAGUGAUGAUUUGUGUGCACUUUUUGUUUGGGGUUGCCUUUCUCGCCUGUGAAGUAUGAUUCCAUUAAAAAGUAAUAUUAAGGCAACACUCCAGUGGUAUCCAGCUUCUGUUCCAGCUAUUCUGUAUUUGUAGAUUUGCUAGAUGAUGUUGUGUAGGUAAGCAGCAGUGAUGUUGGUAACAAGCCUAGAAAAUGUUGAGAAUCUCAAUUGUGUUUGCGAUCAGACUGCAUGACAUUUGCCCAUGAAUGUGCUGACAACAGAGCUCAUGUCUUCAUCUGCUCAGUAAGGUCUAAAAGCUGAAGAGGCUGCAGAUGAGAACCUUUCCAAGAGUGCCACUUUAAUACAUAGGCUGACAUAUUCAGGAAAGUUCAUAAGUUCAUUAACACCUAGUAAGAUAAGGAUAACUUCCCUUUUGUCAUUACAUUUUUCACAAAAACAAAUGUGUCUCAGGAGGAAUUUGUUUUCAGCUGUCUUGGCUAAAAAUAACUGAAGAGAGGCUUGGAACAAGUGACUUUUACUUAUUUGUAAUUUGGAUGUAUUUUCUUAUGUAUAUCUUCCAUUGGCUUGUGGAGGUAUCAUGUAUCAAGUAUCUCCCAAACCUUCCUCACAGAAAAUUAUUUUUGGAGCACAAUUUGGCAACUGAGUAAAGCUCUCACUAAUAUACUAAUUGUUAAGGGCAAGUUUUGCCCCGUGAGUUUUUCAGUUCUCAGAUAAAGCCUUCAUUUCCACACAAACAGUCAUCAAUCAGUGCUUAUUUCUUUAGCAGAUUUUCUGCAUGAGUUAGACUUGUUCACGGCAUGGAUGAGGGGAAGAGGGCAACUAGAAGGAUAACAGGCUACAAGCAGAACUGUCCUGUUGCCUGUAGUCAGUCUGAUGAACAUCUGAUUUACCUGAAGUGAGUGUGAGUGGCAGGUGCCCUCAAACAGGAGCACAAGGCAGUGGCUCCAGCUGUGUAGAGUAGACAAAAAUGCUGGUACUAGCGAGGCCACCACUGACACAACAUAUUAAGCUGGACUGGAUAGACAGUUGGGAUUUUGGUCACACAUACAGCAGUUAAAUUUCAUUUUUCCUGUACUGUACAUAUUGGCCUAGAAACACCUCAUUGAUAUUUAUCAUCAUCCUGUGUUAACUGUGUCUGAUGUGUCAGAACUGGCUAAUGAUCAGGGCUUUUUGGCUCUCAAGGCUAAAGACAAAUACAGUCUUGUUCUCAGUUUUCUCUGACCCUGCAAAUGCUGUAUAAAGGCCUGUUUGCAAAUUCCACUGUGCUGUAGGGCAGUAUCCCUAACAACAAAUACUGUGCCUGUUUUCCUCCAGUCUUAAUACCUCAGAAACAAUUUUGCACUUCAGGGGUUAGGUCUGAUGACAUGUAAAACACGAUUGUUUAAUAAAAUUAAACAUUUCAGAGUGGA